AUGUCUGCCAAAAAACUUAGGGCAGAGAAAGAGCAAUCGUCGGAACCACCGUCGUCACUUCCCGAAGACGUCAUCAUUGACAUAUUAGCGCGUGUACCAAGAUGCAACUAUCCAACACUCUCCCUCGUUUCAAAGCACUUCCGGUCACUCGUUGCGUCCCGUGAGAUAUACGCGAGACGAUCCUUAUUGGGAUGCACUGAACACUGUCUCUACGUUGUCCUCACUAACGAGGAUAGUGGUGAUCACCAACUGUAUAUCCUCCGCCGGAAAGCCAACGGAAAUCACCGAUUUAUCCUUAUCCCCUCACUGCCCUCUAUGCAUGACUCUGGUUGCUACGUCGCGAUGAGCUCAAAGAUAUAUGUGUUCAACAAUACGACAUCAUUAGUCAUCGACUGUAUAUCUCACACAGCGCAACCCCUCCCGAGCAUGCCUGUGCUCAUGGAGGUUAGGAUGGCUGACAUCAUCGACGGGAGAAUCUACGUGAUUGGGAAAAUCACCUCGAAGGAUACGAGGAUGGCUGUGUUCAAUACAGAAACACAAACAUGGGAGCCUGAGACGAUAAAGGUUGAGACUGAGGCUAAAAUGUGGAGGUGGGAAUGUGUGGUGAUGGCUGGUAAGAUGUACUUUAGUGAUCGUGAGAAUAGCAAUGUUUACGAGCCAAAGGGAAGAAAAUGGGAAACGGACGAGAUGGUGAAUGGUAAAGAGUGGGAGAAUGCUUGUGUGGUUGAUGAUGUUUUGUAUUAUUACGAUGACUAUAAGGACAAGAUAAGAGCGUAUGAUUCAGAGAAGAAGUCUUGGGGAGUGGUGAAGGGUGUUGAGGAAUUGUAUGAUAUGGUGAACCCUGGGUGGUGGAAGACCGCGAGUUACGGUGGGAAACUUUUUUUGUUCCGUGAUGAAGACAGUUACGUUGGAGUGACUUAUUUUGCGGAGAUUUCCUUGGAAAGAAACAAAAAAGGGAGAUUCGGGGUAAAAUUGAAUGGUUGGAUGGGGCUGAGAUUGAUAUGUAUGUUGAUGUUAUAA